AUGAAAUUUGCCGAACAUUUAUCUGCACAUGUUACACCAGAAUGGAAUAGUCAAUAUAUUCGAUAUGAUGAUAUGAAAGAAUUACUUGCACAAGCAGUUGCUAAAGCACAACCAUUUGUUGAUGAUAGUGAUAAUGUUCUUCGUGAACAAUUUUUUCUACGUGUUGAUGAACAUUUUUUUCAGACACCACUUUCACUUUUCUUCUAUUCAAAAUUACAUGGAAUAACGAAUGGACAUGUUGAAGGUUUAUUUAUUGCAGCUGAUCUUCUAAGUGCUAUACUUACUUAUAAAAUAGCACAUCGAGUUUUAAUACAACUUUUCAAUGAGGAAACUAAAGAAAAAGCGUCAUAUAAAAGGGAUAGCCAACUAUUAUGGUUAACAAAAGGAAAUAUUCAUAAGAGUGCUUAUGCUGUUUUACUUUGUUCAAUGAUAAAUCCAUUGUCUAUUGGUACAUGUCUUGCUAAAUCAAGUCUUGUUUUUCAUAAUCUAUUAUUGACAAUGACAUUUUAUUUCUUUAUGACAUAUCAAUUGUUACCAUUUAUAGUAACAUUAUGUUUGGUUAGUUCAAUUUCACUUUAUCCAGUUAUUUUAAUUGCACCAGCUUUACUUCAAUUUUCAAAAACUAAUGCUAAUAAUCGAUCAUUAAUUCGUAUAUUUCUUAUAAUAAUUUUAUUUGUUAUUGUUAGUAUUGGUAUACUAGGAUUAAAUUUUUUUCUUAAUCAUCAAUCAUGGUCAUUUAUUGAAUCGACAUAUAGUUUUAUUUUUCAUGUACCAGAUUAUACACCAAAUAUUGGAAUAUUUUGGUAUUUUUUUACUGAAAUGUUUGAUCAUUUUCGUUCGCUAUUUGUUUGGACAUUCCAAAUGCAUGUUCUUUUACUUUAUUUACUUCCAUUUACAAUACGAUUAAGACAUGAUUCAACAUUUCUUUUUUGGCUUUUAUGUGCAUUAUUUUGUACAUUUAAAUCAUAUCCAGCUUAUGGUGAUGCAGCAUUCUAUUUCAAUUAUUUACCAAUGUGGAGUUUUUUAUUUCGAUAUGUACGACAUGGUCUUAUUAUUAUUUGCAUGGUCCUUGUGGCCAUUUUAAUGGCACCGAUAACAUGGUAUCUUUGGAUUUAUACGGGUAGUGCUAAUGCUAAUUUUUAUUUUGCAAUGACAAUGGUAUUCAAUGUUGCACAGACAUUUCUCGUCUCUGAUUUACUUUAUGGUUAUUUAAAACGAAAAUUUUUACUUAAAAAUGGUCUUACUAUUCCACAAUUCAACGGCGUUGAAGGUCAAUUAGAAUUUCGUUAA